AUGCUGUCAAGCCCUUCUAAGGACACGGCCCAGAGCCCUCUACUUGAAGGCGAAUUGGAGAAACUCAAUGCUGAAUAUGCCUCAGCCAUUGAAGAAAAUCAAGCAGCUCAAAGCAAGUACGAGGACGCGCUGGAGAGACGACGGAGACGAAGCCAAUCUAACAAAGGUGACGACCGGGAUUCAAGUCAUAAUCCCAGGACUUUGCUCAACAGACAUGUCGAAUUACGGAGUCUACAGAAGAGGAACACCUCGUUCGUGGUGCUGAAAGACGAGUUGGAUAAGAUCAAAAGCUUGCUUGAUUCGGCCAAAUGGAAAGUUCGACCGGCUGCUGCUCAAGAACAACUCACCGUGCCACCUGAUGCUAGAAACGACAUCAGCCUGCUGGAGCACACGUUGAUGAGACAUGUCAAAGCUCUCGAAAUGGCUGUUGUCCAGUCUCACCUCGAAGCGAAAGCAGAAAAGGCAAAGCUUGACAAGGCGAGAGUGCGAGCGCAGUCAGACGAACACGGCGUCACUCCUGAGCAGCGGGUACGGGCGAUGCUGACGACACGACGGCACCUAACGAAAUGGCUUGAGGAGAGCUUGGAGAAAUGUCAAGACAAUUUCGGAGAGCAUGGUGGCGACGACAAAGACGUUCAGGACCCUGGACCUGGACAAAACGGAGAGGUCAUCACUGAUGAUAUGAUCGAUGAACAAUACGAAAGAUACCUGGACGCUCGAAGGCGAAUUAUUGACGCUGUCGACAACCUUAGGGCUCCUAUUCCGUUCAAGGGGGGAGAAAGUACUGAGCAGCAGCCACAUGAGGAGCAGGGGAAAGCGACAAGGCAAAAAGGGCUCGGUGGUUCCGCUGUACUUAACAAUGUUGAAAGAAAUCUACUCCCCAGCUUACGACACAACUCUGUCGUAAAGUCACAUCUCGCACUAAUACGUGAACAGCUCGACGACGAAGCACGAGCAACCAAGAAUAUGCUGGACAGACUUAGUGAUGAGAGCCAGCUUUUGCAAGCCUUUCCAAUCCUUGCUAGGUCAGGAAGGUUCGAACAUGCUGCUUCUGCCAUUGGGACCAAAUCUGAGGCUCGAGAAGAUCAAGUCGGCGACGACGAAGUGGCACAGCGCAUCAAACCAUGGCUUUUUGCAGCGGAAGCGGCUGAGGUCGCUUUGUCAAGCAACAUGGAAAAACAACUAGGUCAGGGGACAGAAGCAAUGCACACUGUGUCGAGAAGUCUUGCGGAAUUGAGCCUCCUGAAGAAUACCAGGCUCGAUGAAAAUUUUGUGCUAUGA